AUGAGUGCUUGGGAUGGCGAUGAUUUGCCGGGAUUGCCGCCGCGCUUGGGUGCUGCCAUGGAGUUUGAGAGACAACAUGGUCGAGGAGAGACAAGUGCGGAAGUGGAUACUUCGGAAGUACUCGGUGCAAACCCCGACAACCCCACAACAAAGCUUCUGCGCGUUCUAAUGAACGAGAGAUAUGCCCCGGAACUACUGCCUUGGGAAGGACAACUAGUCGAGGAUGUGUUGGAAAAGCUGCAUCAGCAGAGCCAAAUGGUAGAAUACCUUCGUUCAGACGACACUACAUCCGAAGACGAACAUUUCAGGAUGUCAUACGUCCAACUUGACAUGGAACGUAUCAAGUUCCAAAUACGCAGUUACGUCAGGACACGACUAUACAAGAUUGAAAAAUACGCAAGUCACAUAAUGGCCAAUCCCGACAUCCAAUCUCGCAUGUCGGUUCUGGAACAAAACCACGCUAUGAGCUAUAAAAACCUAUUCAAAGCGCACAUGCAUCGCACCGUUCUCGACAAUCUCCCAGAAGGGCUACGAUCCUUGAAUGAGACGUUUCCCGACGGACGCUCAAUGGUCCCACAGCCGAAUUUGAACCAAGGAAUAUUCAUCUACGCGAUUCAAGAUUGCGGGCCCGUUCGACUUCCCGACGGAACCAGCGUCGUCGUCGACAAGGGUUCCAUCCAUAUUUUCCAAUACGGGACUAUUAAACAUUUAGUGGAAAGGGGCGAUGCUAUGUUCAUAUAA